GAUUUAAACCUUUAUAAACCCAGACACAAAUUCUUCUCUCAAAAGGGAUUAAAAAUGUCAAUGGCAAAAUCUCUGGUUUUAAUUUUGAUCAUAUUCUUCUUAUCAAUUUCUUCAUCAUCAUCAUCAACUGCAAAUCAACAAACCUUUGAUGUUCGACAACAUCUCUCUACUGUUACCAGUUAUGGUGCUGUGAAAGAUGUAGCUGAUAAUAGUUUUGUAGCGUCUAAGAUUCCAGAUGAAUGUACUCCUAUUCACAUCAAUCUCGUGGCGAGGCAUGGAACGAGAUCGCCGACUAAGAAACGGAUUAAAGAGUUGGAUAGGUUGGCUACUAGAUUGGAGGCAUUUGUGAGUGAGACAGGGAAUUCAACUGGUAAUGUUCCUGGGUGGUUGUCGGGGUGGAAAUCUCCGUGGAAAGGGAAGAAGAAGGGUGGGGAAUUGGUGAUUAAAGGAGAGGAGGAGUUGUAUCAACUUGGUGUGAGAAUGAGAGAGAGGUUUCCUGAUUUGUUUAAGGAGGAGUAUCAUCCUGAUAUUUACACGAUGAAAUCAAGUCAGAUUCCUCGAGCAUCAGCUAGUGCCGUGGCAUUUGGCAUGGGGUUGUUUAAUGGGAAAGGAACUCUUGGAACAGGGAAACAUCGGGCUUUCGCUGUGACCAGUGAGAGUCGUGCAAGCGAUUUGUUGUUGAGAUUUCAUGAUAUCUGCCAAAGUUACAAGAAUUAUAGGAAAAGUCAGGAACCUUCUGUUGGUAAGCUGAAGGAACCGAUCCUGGAUGAAGUUGCUUCUGCAAUGGUUAAGCAAUACCCAAUGAAUUUCACAAGGCAAGAUGUUGCAUCACUAUGGUUUCUAUGCAAGCAGGAAGCAUCUUUGCUGGACAUAACUGAUCAAGCUUGUGGUCUCUUUACCCCUUCUGAGGUUUCUUUGUUGGAAUGGGCAGAUGAUUUAGAAGCAUAUAUAUUGAAGGGUUAUGGGAAAUCAAUAAAUUAUCGUAUGGGAGUUCCUUUGCUUCAAGAUGUUGUUCAGUCCAUGGAAGAAGCUAUUAUAGCUAAUGAAGAAAACCACCCUCCAGGCACUUAUGAAAAGGCCCGACUUCGAUUUGCUCAUGCUGAGACUGUGGUACCAUUCUCAUGUCUUCUUGGGUUGUUUCGUGAAAGCGACGAAUAUAAAAGAAUACAACGUGAGAAAGCAUUGGACUUACCUCCUAAGCCACCACAGAAACGUAGUUGGAGGUGCAGCACAGUAGCACCUUUUGCUGGAAACAAUAUGUUGACUUUAUACAGUUGUCCAUCUAACAAGAAAAGCAAAUAUUUCGUACAAGUAAUGCACAAUGAAGUUCCAGUCCCCUUGCCGGGCUGUGAUAACUCUGAUUUCUGCCCAUUUGAAGAUUUCAAGGAACGAAUUGUGAAUCCCCAUCUGGGGCAGGACUACCACUCCAUGUGCAGCGUUAAGGCAGAAGUACCAGAGUCCAACACCUUCUUUAGCAAGUUGUGGAACUUUAUUUUCCCACGGAAGAAGAACGAUGCAGCUGAGUCCGAUGUAGGCGAUGAGUUGUAGCUUUUGAUCUCUUGUCGCGAAGAGGAAACACUUGCUUUUAUUUCAGCUACACAAGUCUUUCCUGCUAGCUAACAUUAGUUAAAAGUAGUCCCAAUCUGUGAGAUUUUGAAUUCCACCCCAGCUCUUAAAUACCCAGUAGAAGAGGUCAAAGAAAGUUCUGGACAAAAACUACCGUUUUGUAAGCUAGCUCUGUGCUAAUCUAACUGUACUAGAAUUGACUGUAUUUCAUAUAGUGGCUCCGCAAGGCCAUGUACUCACUACAACUUGUUCAUCUUUUUCUUCCAGAAAUUUCUAAGUUUUUCUUUAAGUUCACGUAUAUAAUAUAUGCUUUAUGCCUUUUUUCAACAUUUCACGAAGGGGUAUUCUUGUAUCUGGAAAGGGAUCCAAUAUUCCAUUUUU